AGCAGCUGUGGGAACUGGCCUAUGGAAGAGCCCGCUCCGGCAGGCUGACGGGGCGGGGGAGGGGGGUGGCGGUCAUAUCCUCAAGGCUUGCUGGGACAAGCCAUGGGAAUGGCAGCGAGAGAGUUAACUGCCCCCUCUUGUUCCUCUAGAAGGAAAAAUUCCCCAUGAAUGCAUUGCUUCCAGGGCCAAGAACGGGAGCUGAAAGCUGGAGUUCAGGCGUGCAGCCAGCUCUUCUGCUGGAACAGACACUUGAGGAGCGCGGCAGCCCUGCUGCCACGAGCCGCCUGCCCGUUCACCCACCUGUCCGCGUGGGUGUCCACUGUUCAUCCGCAGACCUGUCUGUCUGUCCCCUGUAAUCCCGCCUUUUUUCAAUUGUCUGUCUGACCCUCCUUCUCUUACUAUCUUCUCUCUAGCUAUCUAGCCUGUCUACCAAUCUGUUUGUCUAACUCUGGCCCCAUCUAUCUAUCUGUCCUAUCAUCAACGAGUUGAUCUGCGAAUUGUCUUGUCCAUUCAACCACGUAACUGUCUGUGCAUCUGUCUGUCCGCUGGCCUGUCCGCCCUCCUGCCUCCCUUUCCAGCCUCCUCCCGGGGCUGUAGAGCCAUGGCCCAGGGUUAUGGGGUCACAUUCGGCAUGGUGCUCCUCGGGCUGGGCCUGGCCCUGGCCAUCAUUGUACCUGCUGUGGUCCUCUCUGGCCGCCACUCCUCCUGCAGCCCCCAGGCUUUUGCCCAUGCUGCGGUCGCUGCUGAUUCCAAGGUCUGCUCGGACAUUGGACGAGCCAUCCUCCAGCAGCAGGGCUCACCGGUGGAUGCCGCCAUCGCGGCUCUCAUCUGCACCAGCGUUGUCAACCCCCAGAGCAUGGGCCUGGGGGGAGGGGUCAUCUUCACCAUCUACAAUGCGACCACAGGGAAGGUGGAGGUCAUUAAUGCCAGGGAGACGGUGCCCGCCAGCCAUGUCCAGGGUCUGCUGGACCAGUGUGAACACGUCCAAUCACUGGGCACAGGGACCCAGUGGAUAGGCGUGCCCGGGGAGCUCCGGGGCUACGCCGAGGCCCACCGCCGCCAUGGCCGCCUGCCCUGGGCGCAGCUGUUCCAGCCCACUAUUGAGCUGCUCCGCGGGGACUACCGCACACCCCCCAUCCUCAGUCUGUUCCUGAACAACAGCUUCCUUCGCCUCUCCUUGCUUGCCUCCUCCCUGAGGCCGCUCUUCUUCAAUGGGACGGAACCCCUGCGGCCUCAGGACCCAUUCUCCUGGCCUGCGUUGGCUAACACCCUGGAGACUGUGGCCAGGGAAGGCGCAGAGGUCUUCUACACGGGGAGGCUGGGCCAGACACUGGUGGAGGACAUUGCCAAGGAAGGCAGCCAGCUGACCAUGCAGGACCUGGCAUCAUUCCAGCCUGAGGUGGUGGACGCCCUGGCGAUACCUCUGGGGAGCUACACCCUGUACUCGCCGCCACCGCCUGCUGGGGGUGCGCUUCUCAGCUGCAUCCUCAACGUGCUCAAAGGGUUCAACUUCUCUGCGGAGUCAGUGGCCAGUCCUGAGCGGAGCGUGGACUUGUACCACCGCUUCGUGGAAACGGUCAAGUUUGCCAGAGGGCGGGGGUGGCAGCUGUGGGACCCUCGCAGCCACCCGGCGGUCCAGAACACCUCCCAGGAGCUGCUGCAGGAGGAUCUGGCCCAGCGCAUCCGCCAGCAGAUAGACGCCUGGGGUAACCACCAGCUCAGCCACUACGGCCUGGAUGGGGCCCGGAGCCACACCAUGGGCACCGCCCACGUGUCCGUGCUGGGGGAGGACGGCAGUGCCGUGUCUGCCACCAGCACCAUCAACACUCCCUUCGGAGCCAUGGUGUACUCACCGCGCACAGGCAUCCUCCUCAACAACGAACUCCUGGACCUCUGCUGGAGGCGCCAGCCUGGCUCCCGUGUGGCCCCACCGCCUGUUCCAGGGGAGCGGCCCCCAUCAUCCAUGGUCCCUUCCAUCCUGGUCAACACAGCGCAGGGGUCAAAGCUGGUGAUUGGUGGGGCUGGUGGGGAGCUCAUCAUCUCUGCUGUGGCCCAGGCCAUCAUGAACAACCUGUGGCUCGGUUUGGACCUGGGUGCAGCCGUGGCAGCCCCCAUCUUGCAUGUGAAUAACAAGGGUCAGGUGGAGUACGAGCCCAGUUUCAGCCAGGAGGUGCAGCAGGGGCUCCAGCGCCGGGGCCACAGCCAGAACAGCAGGCGCUUUUUCCUGAACGUGGUCCAGGCCGUGUCCCAGGACGGGGGCUGUGUGUACGCCGCAGCGGACCCGAGGAAGCGUGGCGAGGCCGCAGGCUACUGAGGAGGCUGCUCCCGAGAGCUGGGAUCUGGCUCAGCGGCCGUGCGGGGCCCAGGCCGGCCGUGGCUGUGACUGUGAGACCGAGCGUCCCGCCAGGACCGGGACCCCUCUCGGCUCGGGAGCCAGCCUGCGGUUGCAAGAGGUGGGGACAUGGCAGAUGGGGGCUGAGCCCUCCCUCAGAGCUUCUGGUGGCCCUGCCCCAGCCCCUCUGUCCUUCCCCAAGCCUCUCACCCAGGACGCGGUCCAUCCUCCCUCUCUGACCCCACUCCCCAUCUGUAUACUCUCCAGUUCAAGAUUAAAGAGGAGGCUGCCCACAGCCUCAUUCAGGGUUGAGGUGAGAGAGGGGACCCUCAGAAAGCAUCACACCGGUUCCUACAGUUUUUUACAAUAACCCAUAAUAGAAGUGGGGAAACCGAGGCCCAGAGGCAGCUGGGCCCAUCCAGGUCACCCUUGGACAGAAGCAGCACCCCUGCCACUUGCUGGGGUUCUGAAACGUGACUGCCUGGGGCCACUUAUUGGGGAAAAGGCAAGGCGUGGCCCGGGAGCCCUCGGCCAAGACCUGUCUCUGAAUCUUGUCUUCGGUGCCAGGAAAACGUUGGAUGCAGUAAGACCUAAGGCCCCAGCCCCUCCCCCAGCGCCGACAGCCUGUGUUCUCACCCAUGGCACUGCUGACAUUUUGGGUGACACAUUCUUUCUUGUAGGGGAUGUUCCCACAUCGUAGGAUGUGGGGCAGCAUCCCUGGCCUCUACCCACUAGAUAAAGCAGCAGCCUCCCACCCCCAACCAGCAGUCGCCAAUGGCCCCUGACUGAGAACCACUGCUCGGACUGAUGAGCCCCCAGGCACCGUGAAUGGCUUUGCCAGCCGCCCCGUGGGCCACCCUCACUGAGGCAGAGGGUGGGGGAGGCUCACUGCACUGACCGGAGCCCCGCACUAGUUCCCGAGAGCAUGGGGCUUCCAUUUUCACCCCAAACAUCCCUUGGGGGCAUGCCUCCACCUGGCAGGCCCUAGGAGCAGCGUCACCUCU